UCCGACAACGCACAAGCCGGGUCCACGUUAGGUCACUUCCAUAGGCACGUUGCAGGGUAAAGGUGUGUGAAAUUCAUUAGAAACUAGAUUCUCAUCGAAGACAAGAUGAAGAUUCUGGUCGCAGCUCUUGCUUUUGUCGCCGUCGCUUGUGCCAGCGACGUCCUCGAAUUUACAGAUUCCGACUUUGCCUCUAAAGCUGCGCAACAUGAAUUGAUCCUAGUCGAGUUCUUUGCACCAUGGUGUGGCCAUUGUAAAAAGCUUGCCCCAGAAUAUGAAAAGGCUGCAACAACUCUGAAGUCAAAUGACCCUCCUGUUGCUUUGGCCAAGGUUGAUUGCACUGCCAACACUGAGGCGUGUAGCAAGUAUGGAGUGUCUGGCUACCCUACGCUCAAGAUCUUCAGGAAUGGGGAAUUUGCUGAAGAAUACAAUGGUCCCCGAGAGGCAGGUGGUAUCGUCAAGUUGAUGAAAUCCAAGGCUGGUCCUUCCUCUAAAAAUUGUGAAACAGAAGAGGAUUUGAAGAAGUUCCUCAGCGUGGAUGAAUAUGGCGUUGUGGGUUUCUUUGGGUCUGAGGAUGAUGAGUUAGCCCAGAUCUUCAAGAAGACAGCUGAUGCAAUGUCCAGCGAACUGCGAUUUGCUCACACCUACAGCAAAGACGUUGCAAGGAAAUACAAACGCUCUGAUGAAAUUGUUAUCUUCAGACCCAAAAAAUUCCAGAGCAAAUUUGAAGACAAUGAGGUCGCCUUUGAUGGGGACGUCAAGGAAAGCAAAGUGAAGAAGUGGGUUGAGGAUACAAGCUUGGGCCUGUGUGCACAGAGGGGACAAGAUAAUGCCAGCAAGUUCAAGACUCCCUUGUUUGUGGCGUACUAUGAUGUGGACUAUAAAAAGAACAUGAAGGGAACAAACUACUGGAGGAACAGAGUCAUGAAGGUUGGGAAGAAGCUCCAGGGAGAGGGCAAGGCUGUCUACUUUGCUAUAAGCAACAAGGAGGAAAUGAAGUUUGAGCUGAACGAGAAUGGUAUUGACGAUAUCUCCGGUGACAAGCCAUACGUCUGUGCCAGAGAUACAAAAGAUAAAAAAUACAGGAUGGAGGGAGACUUCAGCAUGGACACAUUUGAACAGUUUGUGAGGGAUGUCCUGGAUGGGAAGGUGGAGCCAUACCUCAAGUCAGAACCUGUCCCGGAACCUAAUGAUGAACCAGUCAAGGUUGUUGUGGCCAAGAACUUUGAUGAAAUAGUCAAUAACGAAGAAAAAGAUGUUCUCAUUGAAUUUUAUGCUCCUUGGUGCGGCCAUUGUAAGAGUUUGGCCCCCAAAUAUGAUGAAUUAGCAGAAACGCUCAAGGAUGAAACCGAGAUCACGAUAGCCAAGAUGGAUGCUACAGCAAAUGAUGUAGCCAAACCAUAUGAAGUCUCUGGAUUCCCAACACUAUACUUUGCACCCAGGAAGUCAAAGGGUGCUCCCAAAAAAUAUAAUGGAGGCCGUGAGGUUGACGACUUCCUCAAGUAUCUGGCAAAAGAAUCUACUAACCCACUCAAGGGAUACGACAGAAACGGAAAGAAAGUCAAGAAAUCUAAGAAGACCGAGCUUUAGAGGAGAUUAUUGUACAGAUGUAAGAAUAUUCCGCAGUAGCUAGCCUCAUCAUCUCCCCUCCCCAACUGUCGGCAGGAGUGAUAGUUUCAUUGGCAGCAACCAGUGGAAUUACUGCUCUUGUCUCUCUGGAAUCAUAAGCUCAAAACUUGUACAUUUCAUGCUGUCAUUCUUUUAGUUUGUGAUGUAUAUUUUGAAGAUCAUUUGUUUAGGGAGUGCUUGGGGUUUGUCAUGAAAAUCAUGAUUGUGAGCUUGUUUGUGUCUAAAUCAGAUGCUUCCAGUCUUCCCUACCAGACAACAGAACAUACUACUUUGAUAAGUAUCAUUAAGUACCAUCUCUACCCUCCAUCUCUACCCUCCAUCUCGACCUACAAAGUGUUUUUACUCAGUUGAAUUCUUUACUUGAAUUAUUUAUUCUGUUUGUAAUAUGGUUAAUUUUAUAGACUGAUCUGCAGUAUGUCUGUAUACAGGUGUACACAAGUUCAUUUUAUGCUGACAUGUUUAUUUAUGUGCCAUCGGAAUACAGUACUCUGAAGUCAGUACGACGUCGUCACGUCUUGUGCAUUACAUGGCUAAUGCGUAUGUUUGGCUCUUUGUUAACAGAAUUUUCAUACAUGAAAGAUGUAUAAAUGAUAGUUAUAUCGAAAUAAAUAUUACAUUUAAUA